AGAGCCUGAUGCACCUGCCGCUGGCUGGCCACGGCCCCGUCGCUCCACAGCGCAAGUCUUCGGGAGCAGCUUUGGGGCUGACACCGCUCUCUCAAAUUAAGUAAAGGAUCCAGAAACCAAAAAGAAAUCUUUGCAGGACACAGACAAACACUGGCAUUGGCUGACUUGGAGAACCCUGGAAGUUUUCACCAUGAAAGGUUCCCGGCGCCCAAGAAGCCCCAGUGAUUCCUGCACGGAAUCCAAGAGCGAACACGCGGGAGAGAGCGGCUCCAGCAGCACGCAAUCGAAUGCCCCAAAACGCCAGAAAGUGGAGGAGCUGGGUCCUCAGCCAGGUGAGGCAUCUUCUCUUUUUCAUCCUGAGUCUCCUGCUAGGAAGCCUGUGUCCCAUCACAUCAUGAGAUGAGCAGCUGUGCUGUCCAGAGUGUCGGGAGCUUCCUCCUGCAGCUCCGUGGGCGGGUGUCCUGUACCUGGCUUCUUCUGCAUUUGGUCUUUCUCACGGUGGCACCUUUAACCCUCAAGGGCAUCCUGCAUGACAAGGGCUUUCACCUGCACACUCUGCUCUCUCCACAGGUGUAGAACCAGCUCCAGUACAGCCAGGUCCCCACCACCCUGCACAGCAGCCCCUGGAGCUGCCCCAGGGCCCACAGCUUCCCCACAGGAAGCUGAUCAUCGUGGUCCUGGAACCAGGAAUGCUCCUGCACCUGCGGCUGGGAGAGGAGGUCUUGCUGCUGGACCCACAGGGAGCCCUGCGACUCAGCCUCGUCAGUGUGCUCCUCCUGGUGGUCCCUGAGCAAGUCCUGAUGUCCUUGAAGGAUCUCUUGUACCCUGCCCAUGCCCGCUGGCUCCUGUUCACGAGCACAGAGACUGUCUGGGAGAUUGACAUUGAAAAUGGAUCUGUGAGAGCCCAGAGAGCAGAGAAUGUGUGCGUGGCGCCUUCAGUAAAAGAGAGUGAGGCUCCCCAAGGCUUCCUGCCCGUGAUGGGACCCCCGUCAAACCUUGUGCAUGGAAUCGGCCCUUCUUCCCGGCGUGUCCUCUACCUCAAACCUUGCUACAGAGCCGCUGUGCCCCAGGGCUCGUCCCAAAUGCCCAAGCCUAGGCCCUGGAGACAGGCUCUGCCUGAAGAAUUCAACUUGGAUCUCCAUGGCCUGGAGCCCCUGCCCAACUCUGCCCUCAGACCUCUACCUCCCUCACCCAGUCCGGAGCCCACAAUCUGCCACGAGGUUCUAUGGAGGCCAAUGUGCAAGGCCCGAAGACGUCUCUUCUCAGGCUGAUGGGCCGUGAACCCUCAGGCACCAGAUGGCAAUCAGAGAUGCUCUGUUCAGAAUGAAGCACGCCUGCGUUUUCAUGGUGUCUGCCUGCACAGGUGUCUCUGCUCCUCGGAGGAGAGAUGCUGCGCGAGCUGGAGAGGUGGAGAAAUGCUCCGUCCUCUCACCUGAACCUUUGCUCUGCCUCAGAUGCUCUUGAUUUGUAUAAAAGAGCAACCUUGAGAUUGGGGCACAAAAUAUUUGCAAAUCUAUACACGCAAGGACUGCUCAUACCCAGAAUACACGGAGACUUGUCAAUACUCCAAUGGAACAAACAAACGAUUCUGUUCAAAACCCAGCAAGAGACUUGAGCAGACAUUUCCUCAAAGAGGAUGCAAACAAACACUUCAGAAAGUGUUCAGUAUCCCUCCCCGGGGAAAUGUAUGUCAAAUACACCUUGAAAUACAACCGAGAAGCUCUUAGAGAAGCCACCAUGACAAUGCCUGACCGUCCCAAGCGCUGCAGAGCAUGUGGAGAAAGUGGAACGCUCUGACAGUGCCGGUUGAAAUCCAAAUGGGACAACCCGCAGGGAGAAAGAGUUUCAUUGAUUCCUAAUCAAUGCAAUAGGCACUUCUUGGAACCAUCUUUCCCACCCUGAGAUAGUUGUUCUAAAGAAAUUAGAACUCAUGUGGACAAGGUUGAGGGCAGAGGCUUCUAGCACCUGUCCUCACCAUCGCCAAAACAUGGAAGGCACUUUAAUGUCACUCAGCAGUGACUAGAAACAGGAACUGUGACCCAUUCUUUCAAUGGGAUGCAAUUCAGCAAUGAAUGGGCUGGGAUUUUUGUUUGUAAAUUCAGUUCUAAGAAUGAGUAGUGAAUAAGUUGUUGGAACACUUGAAGGUAUGUUUGGACUCUUAGGCUAUGUGAGACUUAUCCCGAGAUUGUAACUCUCAUGAAAUUGACACGCACAUCAAGCCUGUGUGAUCGACAUUCAGUUUCCAAUUGAGGUUUGCUGUAAAACACAUACUAGAUUUUGCAUCAGAUAAUGAAGCCUUGUAGCAUGUAUCUUAUUCAUCACUGCAAUGUAAAUUCUAUUGCUGUUGAUUCUAUCUGUAUUUCUUGGGUUAAAUAAAAAUGUU